AAAAAAUAAGAGAUGAUUAAAACAUUAAAAGAGAAAAAAAAAAUAAGGGAUUGAAUAAACAAAGUACGAUUAAGACAUUAAAAAAAAGAAAAAAAAAUAAGAUAAUUGAAUGAUAGUUCAGAAAUAUAUUAGACGAAAAAUAUUUUAAAAUGCGGGAAUUUUGCUAAAUUUGCCGUAUUCUCGCAAUGCUACCCACCAUAAUUUCCAAAUAUCUAAAAUUUCAAAUUUUUAGCAACCCUUCGUCGCUCCGUCUGCUUAUCGUAUUCUGCUGCCAAAAGUAAUUCGAAGUUCCAAAUUUAAAAAGAAAAAAAGAAAAAAAAAAAAAGCCCUAAAAUCCAUACACCAGCGUCGGCGCACUUAUCAAAACUUCUCGUAUUCUCAAUCCGCAUAUUUUUGGCGAAUCAUUAGUAUUACCGUUAGUUUUUUCAAUCUUAAACACAGCCGAAGUUCUCAAUCUUCUGGAGAGGUACCAUUUGAAAGUUUUUAUUUUUUAUUUUCUGGGAUAUAUGUAAUGAGCUUGAACUGCAUGCAUUGUGUAAUCUGUCAUGUCCUACCUGCAAAAACUCAGAGCACUUGCCAUGCUUUCUUCUUCGAUUAUUGCUCAUAACAAGUUUAACUUUGUUCAAGUCUCGUAUCGGCGAAUUGGGUUUUCCCCUGUUGCUUCAAACCCUAGAUUUUAUCGAACUAAAGAGACUCCCAAAACGGAAGAAUGUGGAAAUUCUGGAGGAAUGUUGAAUAUGGGUAGUAGAAAAGGUCAUGAGAUUACUCGAGCCACCAUAAAGGAAGCUCAGGCUACGUUGUUGGAGUAUUUGCAUUUUACUAGAGGUAUUCAAUUUUUGGAUGCUGAGAAUAUGAGUAAAAAUUCUCCAAUCUUUCUUGAAAAACUUCUGGGAAAAGUUGAACAUGAGGGUAAUAUUGGGUGGUCAAUUAUGCAAUUUUUACGGUACCAUCCAAUUAACGAAUUCGAGCCUUUCUUUGAGAGUGUAGGCUUGCAACCUGCAGAGUAUAACGCGUUUCUUCCACGCAAUUUGAUGUUCUUGAGUGAUGAUGAUUUAUUGCUCGAGAACUUUCAUGUGUUGUGUAACUAUGGAAUUGAACGAAAUAAGACAGGGAAGAUAUUCAGGGAGGCAACUGAGAUAUUUCGGUAUGACUAUGGUAUUUUGCUGUCAAAGUUAAAAGCCUAUGAAAAUUUUGGUCUCAGCCAAGCUACUGUCGUUAAGUUUGUUGUUUGUAGCCCUCGUCUAUUGAUUGAUGGUGUUAACGAUGUGUUUGUUCAGGUAUUAGAAAAAUUGAAGAACAUUGGAUUUGAAUCAAGCUGGGUUGAAAAACAACUGAGGGAUGGUAAUUCCUAUAAUUGGAAGCAAAUUCUUGGGUUGCUUUUCUUGUUUGAACAAAUGGGUUGCAGUAAGGAGAAGUUGGCUGAUUUAAUCAGCCAACAUCCAGAUCUUUUAUUUGAGGAUUCAGGAAGUAAAUCACUUUCCUUAAUUGGGUUUUUACUGAAAAUGGGAUGCUCAAUGAUCCAGAUAUGUUCUGUGUUCCUGCAAUUUCCUCAAAUCCGAGUUGGUAAGUUUGUUUCUAAUAUGAGGCUAUGCCUUCUAUUCUUCAAUGAAAUAGACAUGGGUGUACAAGAGAUAGGAUACCUUUUCAGAUCUCAUCCCUUGUUAUUGGGAUUGUGUACUCUGAAAAAGACUAGCAGCUUGCUCAUUAACUUGAAUGCUGGGAAGAAACGGAUUUGUCAAUUUAUUUUAGAGAAUCCAGAAGAAUUGAAGAACUGGAAGCUCGGAACAAGAGUUCUACGAUUACCGGACCCUGGAGGUAAGGGAAAGAAGUAUGCAAACCAGCAGAAAAUUCAGUUCUUGUUGAAAUUAGGACUGGAAGAAAACUCGACUAAGAUGAAAAAAGCAUUAAAGACGUUUGAAGGUUUUGGCGGUUCAGGGUUUUGGCGGUUCCCUUGGGGCAGUGUAACAGAACAUUGUUUUGCUCAUUACUCAUUAUCCGAGCUUCUUUUUAACAUACUACUUAGAAAUCUUGGAAAUUUGAGAUAUUCAUUACUCACUGGAUUUGAAAUCCUCUAGAGGUAUAUCUUAUGUGCUUUUGUGGCAAAGCAUUACAUCUCAUUAUAUCUACGACCAAGUCUGUGAUCGCAUUUUUAGUACUUAUGGUAGUUUUUCUGUUGGUACAUGGCCAGCGUGUUAUUGGCGUCUAAAUUUCUAAAUGUAUGUCGAUAAACAUAUUCUGGAGGUGUGGAUGUAGACCAUCUCUCUUCAUGUGAAACUUUGUGACUAUUUAUGUAACACAAAGAAUCGAAGCUUUCCGAAUAUAUUACUGCAGAGUUGUGUAAUUUCCCA